CAUGUUGGCAUGCAUAUAGUUGUAUUUAUAAAUGUGCGAGUGUGACUGUAAUUGACUAAUAGUGUAAGGACUAAAGUGUAAAUAUGACAAAGAUAAAGUAAAUGUCACAAGGGGAUCGGAUGAGACUGAUUCCAGAAAUUUCCCCACUCCAGUGUUCUACAUGGUGUCAGAGCCGAUGCGCGUGGCGACUGUCGCGGCACUCAGAUGUCCACUGGCGACGGCCGGCGGUGAUGUCUGAAGCGAAGAGAUCGUGAAGGAGCUGUAUGCGCAGAGGUACCAGCAGGUUGGUGGUGAUUUGGUUUUGUCGAUUUGGUGGGGAAAUCAGUAGAGGAGGCGAGCUUGAGGUGGACACCGUUCCUGUGGAGGAGUUGAAGCAGGUAGCAGGCUAGUGCUGUGAGGAUAUUGGCUGACGAGUGGUGCGUGGGACUGCUGGCCGGAGGCAAGACGCUGCCUGUUUGUUGUCCUGCUCAAGCUGAAAAUUGAUGCUUGUGAGGGACAGGCAGAGCAGUUGUUGGAGUGCUGGUGCUGAUUGAGCAGUGGAUGGAAGGGAUUCCUUGCAAUUUGAGGUGCCUGCUGCUUUAAGGUGUGUUUUUUCUUUGGUUGCUUGCUCCCUGCGCUGGUGUUUUGGAAGGUACUACUACAGUACGUAUAUAGGGAAGAAGAAUACCACUGCUACUUCUAUAGCUACUAAUAACGGGAGGAAGGAGUUGUAGUUGCAAAUGGGGGAAAAUCAGGGCAUUGAGCAAGUCCUUGGGAAACUAGUGGAAUUGCUUACAUCAAAGAAGGAUGAGGCUCCAUCUUCUAGCAAGGAAAAUUUGCCACACACAGAUGCAGUACAGAAACUGGAAUUGAUGCCAAUGGACAUCAAAUUGGAGGGCAUUAAAAAUUAUUUGGCUUGGUCUCGGCGGGCAAUCUUGUUGUUGAAGGCCAGGAAACUUGAGAGCUUUGUCAAUGGAGAAAUUGUUGAGCCAAAGGAUAAAUCUAGUAAUGAAUGGAAAACCUGGGAUGCUACUAACUCUUUGGUGUCUGCUUGGUUGUUAAGCUCAAUGUGUCCAACAAUUGCUGGAUCAGUAGACACUAUAACCACUGCUUCUGGUAUAUGGCAGGCUCUAUCAAAGAUGUAUUCAGGCACGGGAAAUGUAAUGUUAUUGGCAGAUAUAGAUGACAGAAUCUACCAUCUAAAGCAGGGAGAGUUAUCUCUAAUGGAAUAUGUUGCUGAGCUGAAACGGUUGUGGGCUGAUUUAGACCACUAUGAACCCAUUGAGUUGCCACACCCUGAGUGUGUGGCAUGGGUGAAGAAAUGGGUGGAAAAAAAAAGAGUCCUUCAGUUUCUAAGAGGACUCAACUCAGAUUUUGAGGGAAGACGUGCAUCUAUAUUUCACCAAGCAAGCCUUCCUAGUUUAGAAGAAGCCAUAGCAGCUAUGGCACAAGAAGAAACUAGAUUGAAGGUGAUAAAAAGUGAUACUACACCUCCAGCACGUCCAGCUUUUGUGGUUACAGAAUCUCAUGAUACUAGAACAUGUUACAAUUGCGGUGAGAAGGGUCACUUGAGUCGUGAUUGUCAACAACCAUUUAAAUACAACCGUGGAAGAGGAAGAGGAAGAGGCAAUAUUAGAGGUGCAGCAAGGGGAGGUGCAAGCCGUGGUGCAAGACGUGGUGGAAGAUGGGGAUAUAAGGCUAAUUUUGCUAUGGCUGAGGAAGGUACAUCUGACAUGGUCAUGAUCCCAGCUGCUGAGUUAGAAGAAUUGAGGAAGCUGAAAAAGAAUGAUAAUGAUUUGAAAUCAGAUAGUCAAGGGACAACAAUAACUGCAACUGACAAUGUGGCCAAUCUUGUUUAUUCUGACUCAGGUCUCCCUUGAUCGUGAAAAUUGUAUCAUUCAGGAAAGGAAGACUGGGAGAAGACUUGGGACUGGAGUUCGGCAUAAUGGACUCUGGUAUCUUGAUAGAAAAGAGACAAAUGAAGCAAUAUGUCAUGCCCUAACAACCAUUGCAACUGAAGAUGAGGCUAAGGUAAUGCUUUUACAUUGCCGGAUGGGACAUAUAUCUUUUGAUGUCAUGAGUAGAAUGUUUCCUAAUGAAAUGUGUAAGGUGGAUAAGCGAAAAUUGGUAUGUGAUGCUUGUGAGUUUGGGAAACACACUAGAACCUCGUAUGUUAGCAGCGGGCUGCGAAGUGUGUCACCUUUCAUAUUAAUCCAUUCUGAUGUGUGGACUUCCCCACUUAUUUCUGCGAGUGGAAUGAAAUAUUUUGUCACUUUUAUUGAUUGCUA